GGCUGAGGGCUCGCCGAUAAGAGUUAGUGCGGCGCCGCUCCGAGCUCAGAGACUCGCAGUGACUGCAGAGCGGCUGGACGGUGCCCGCCGGCGGCUGUACAAAGACGCACUUUCUCCGCGGACAAAGGAAGGAAAGUUCCCCGGGGGCGGCUCCUCGUUGUGUGAGCGGCAAGAUGGAGCCAACUUUCUACGACGAUGCGCUGAGCGCCGCUUUCGGGCCGCCCGAGCCCGCCGGCUACGGAUACAACUCCUCCUCCAAGGUGCUGAAGCAGAGCAUGACCCUCAACCUGUCGGACCCCAACAGCGCCAUCAAACCUCACCUGAGGAACAAGGUGGCGGACCUGCUGACCUCGCCGGACGUUGGACUCCUCAAGCUGGCCUCCCCCGAGCUGGAGAGGCUGAUCAUCCAAUCCAGCAACGGCAUGAUCACCACCACGCCGACCCCCACCCAGUUCCUGUGCCCCAAAAACGUGACGGACGAGCAGGAGGGCUUCGCGGAGGGCUUCGUCAGGGCGCUGGCCGAGCUGCACAGCCAGAACAUCCUGCCCAACGGCACCGUGGUCCCGCAGCCCCCCUCCGCCGCCGUCGCUGCAGCGGCCGCAGCCGCCGCCACCGGACUGCCACCCGUCCCCUCUAUAGCCGGCAACACUGGAUACAACGGCGCUUUGCACAGCGAGCCCCCGGUCUACGCCAACCUGAACAGUUUCAACCCCACCACCAUCACCAGCGCCCCCGCUUUCAACGGCGGCGCCCUGGGGUUCGCGUCGCAGCACCACGCCAGCCCCCCGCUGCCCGUCCAGCACCCCCGGCUGCAGGCUCUAAAGGAAGAGCCCCAGACGGUGCCGGAGAUGCCCGGCGAGAGCCCUCCCCUCUCCCCCAUCGACAUGGAGUCGCAGGAGCGCAUCAAAGCCGAGCGCAAGCGCAUGCGCAACCGCAUCGCCGCCUCCAAGUGCCGGAAGAGAAAGCUGGAGCGCAUCGCCCGGCUGGAGGACAAAGUUAAGAACUUGAAGUCGCAGAACUCGGAGCUGGCGUCCACCGCCAACCUGCUGCGGGAGCAGGUCGCCCAGCUCAAACAGAAAGUGAUGAAUCACGUCAACAGCGGCUGCCAGCUCAUGCUAACGCAGCAGCUGCAGACGUUCUGAACGCAACCCGGGCCUCUCGGACGGGAGAGCGAGCGAGAAAGAGAGCGCGCCUCGGGGGCGAAAACGAGAAAAACUGAAACUCUUGGCUGGGACAAAAACAAAACCUAAAAAAAACAAACAAACGUAAAAAAAAACAAAAUAAAAAGCACCCGCCAUGUGAUUGUUUCCUACGCGCGUGCGCAAAAAACAGGAGACUGCCGAGCCUUUCCGUCGGAGCAAGUGGUGUGUGUGGUUAGGGCCGAGCGAAAGGGCCCAGCUCUGAACUGUGCGCAAACAUUGACCGCGCCUGCAUGGACCCUUCACGUUCGAUGAAUCGCAUUCAGUAUUACAAAAGGUUCAAAACUAGAGACUCGUCCUGGAACAGGCGGGGGAGGGGAAGGGGGAGGCGCCUGUUCAGAUUCUGCUACUUAACUGUGUCAUGUGUACAUACUGUAAUUUUAUUGUUUGUUUUUUUUAUGAAUAUAUAUAUAUUAUAAAUAUAUGCUGACCUGUCGUCAGUAAAAUGGCUAUAAGCAUUUUUUUUUUUUUGUAAAUGUUUAUUUAUGUUUUUAUUUCGGGUUGAUGAACCCAAGUACUGUUUGUAAAUAAGAAAUAUUUGGAACUCUAAUGAGUUUAAAAACUUUGUAAUAAAGUAUAUAAUUUUUCUAUUUUA